CUAUGUAUCAGUGUAGGUGAAAAUAUACGGUAUGAUGAACAAGCAGGAUAUCGAUAAGAAAGAUAUAAUAGUGGUACCUGGAGAUCUCGAGAGACAUGGAAUGGCCAGUCAACAGAUGUACACCAAGGUUCCAAGCACAGCUGAAAUAACAUAUUCGGAAGACCUCAAGAAAGAAACAGUGAUAACAGUUACUAUCAACGACGGGGAUACGCCAGAAGUAAAUACGAGAGAAAGACAGAGGUUUUCCGAAUGCAUAGCAACGUACAAAGAACCUGUUACCAGGGCAACCAAAGUUAUCUUAGCGGGAUUAUUUCUUGCAUAUGUUGGAUAUUCAAUGACAGUUGAAUUCGGUUCUGAAAAUUCUUUAAGACUUCUGAUUGGAACCAUAUUAUGGUACCUAUUUCUGUCGUGGAAUCUUAUUCAAAAAUGGAAAUGGUUUGCAAACAUCUACACUGACUUAAAGCAACUUAAAUGCCAAGGGAGAAUUCAAUUGAAAAUAAGAAAAUUUAUCAGAUGGAGUCUAUACAUCGCCAUGCUGGUGGUCAUUGGGUCGAUGGUAGGGAUUGCUGUAGUUAAAGGAAAUUUCCGGAAUCUUGUGUCGCUCUGUGGACUAUUAGCCUUCCUGCUUCUUUUGUAUGCAACAUCCUUGGAUCGCGCAAACAUAUCCUGGCAUUCCGUGUUUUGGGGGUUUGGAAUUCAGUUCACCCUAGCCAUUUUAGUCUUGUACACAAGUGGCGGCAAAGAUACUGUCGUUUGGUGCAGCACGCGACUCAGCGAACUACUUUCGCAUUCUAGAAAAGGGUCAGAAUUCGUCUUUGGAAAAAACUACGCGCAGUUUUAUAUGGCUUUUGGUAUUUUACCAAAGGUAAUAUUCUUUGUUUCUCUCGUGAGGGUCCUAACCUAUCUAGGAGUCCUCAGCUUCAUCAACCGUAAUUUGGGAACCAUGUUAGCUUUUUGUACAGGAACAAGCAACUCCGAAUCUAUUUGUGCCGCGGCCAACAUAUUUGUGGGAGGGGGACAAGCUAUACUCUUCAUCAAAGAAUAUAUGAACUUUCUGACAGAACCGGAGAUAUUCUGUGUGUUCGUGGGAGACCUCGCCUCUAUCGGUGGUGGCGCUGUGGUAUUAUACUCAGGGUAUGGGGUUCCUGUGCAGUAUUUGAUAUCAGCAUCUGUUCUUUCUGCACCUGCUGCAUUGGCCGCAGCUAAACUAAACUACCCUAGUUCGCCCACUCUACAGAUAUCGGAUGAAAACGUCAAAAAGGAGGAAGUUGAAAGAACGGAGUCGAACGUCCUUCAUGCUUUGUCCCUUGGAGCGAGACAAGGAUUAACCUUCGUAGCCAGUAUUAUGGUCAACAUCAUGGUUCUUUUAGCCGUCCUGGACUUUGCUGAUACCUCUUUACAAUGGUUUGGGGCCAGGGCAGGAUUGGAAAAUUUAAAUUUUGAGACAAUCUCUUCUUACCUGUUUUAUCCGUUUGCGUUCCUGAUUGGCGUAGAUACUGGAGAUUGUUUCAGGGUCGCAAACCUUUUAGGCUUAAGGAGCCUGAUUGAUUUAACCGUAGCAUAUAUUCGGAUUGGAGAAUAUGUCAACAACAAAGAAUCUUUUAAUGAAUACUCGUUAUUAUUCAACGACACAGUAUUCUAUGAAGAUUCUUACGACGUAUUUUUACCACAAUGGAACAAAACUCUUGUAAAAGGCAUCUUGUCGGACCGUUCCGAGGUCAUCACUUGCUACGCCUUGUGUGGCUUUGCCUCGUUGUCGUCCCUCGGUAUUAGUAUAGGUUCUAUCGCUGUACUUGCCCCAAGAUACAUCGGUGCCGUCACCAAGCUGGCGCCACGUGCCGUUAUAGUCGGCACUAUAGCUUGUUACUUCACAGCUUGUGUGGCUGGUAUGAUUUACCAGGAGGAAAUGUGACAUGUGCAUUCUAGUGAUGCAUUCACCGACAAAAUUACCAAUAUGUGUCGUUGAUAAAAAGUAACAAAUUCUGAUAAUUGUAGAAUCGGUAUUUAAGUUUUAAGUAAAAAAGUUUCGAAGAAACGUUAAUGUGAAUAUGCAUGUAUCUUCAACAAUUGACUUUAUCCUUAAAAUAGCAUAAAAGGCAUUGACACAAUACAUUUGCAAUGAGUUUAUACUGAAUGAAACAUCAAUUUUUAUGCAAAGCGAAUGAUAAACUCCAUAUUCCCAGGCAAUCAUAAAUUCUUAUUUCUCGUGUUGUUUGCAAGAAUGAAAGUACAGAUGUAUGUGAAUGUAUUCCUACAUGAUGUCAAAAGAUGAUAUUAAAAUUAAUUUAUGUAUUUAGCUAUCUUUCGAUAACUGUCAAUUUGUAAUCAUAAAAAAUACCAAUGCUCAGUAGAUUUCAUUUUGAUUUUCCCUAGGUAAUAUUUAGAUUACACAAUGUCGGAAGUUACUUCACCCGUGUUCUAACAAAAAGAUCACGAUUGAGUUCAAACGUCGCGUAUAAAAAUAACGAAUUAACCUGAUUGUUAAUCAGUAUUUUUCAGUAUGGAGUUUGCAAUGUUUCGAGGACAUCCUGAAACGUUCCAUUAUUUUCUGAAAAAAAUGUUCAUGGAUACAGUAAGCGUGUAAAAUAUAUAAGCAUAUAUCUUUAAGGCAUCUUUCAAACAAUCUUAUGUUAUCUCUCGAAUAGCGAAAAAUAAAAAUCAGUGUUAUAAUGACAUUUGUAAUAAUUGAGUUUAUUGCAUUUUUGCCAGUGAAAUAUAGACAUUUACCAAACUAAUAAAACGUAUGUUUUCACUGCAGCUAUGAGAUAUUGCAAUGAUAUAAGUUUUGCAGUGAAAAUAUAAGUUUUUCGAUUUUAACCAAUCAGAGCUAACCUUUUUAUUCACCUCAUUUAAGCUUGCCGAUUUUCCCAGUCGAAGCGGAUAUUGAUUAAUUGGUUUAUUUUGCUGUGUUUCUGAAAUAUUCUGACUAGUUGUUGACAAAACUCAUUUGACGUUGGCUAUUUAUGCACAGAUUCUCCGAUAACACCAGAAAACGUGUAAAUUGCGUUGAUCAGUCCUUUCAAAAUGGCGCCGUCAAAUUGACGUGGAGUAACGUCACACCGAGAAGACGUCAUUAAUUUUUUCGAUGUUUUUAAUUUUGUUUUUAAGUUUAUAAAAUGCAAUAGAAAGAAAAAUGAAUGGUUUCCCGUUUAAUAUAACAUAUCUUUCACUCGUGUGACAGAAUAUUUCAAUAUUUUUCACUCGUGCUUCGGACUCGUGAAAAUAUCGAUAUUCUGCCAUA